UCAAGGCAACAUUUAUUAGUUAUUCUUUGGAAUUCUCUAAAAAAAUAAUAAACAGAGAAAAAGAUAUUAGAGAUUGAGAAUUUUUAACAUCUCUUCAGACAUGUUUUACUGAAAGAAAACGUUAUUUCUUUAAGUUUUUUUAUAUUUUACACUCACCAACAAUGUAUUUAGUUGGGCCCACACCCGUUUGAUUUUAUUUUCCUACUGGUUGUAUUAUUAUUAUAUUGUUUCAAUUAAUUAUUCCAAGUGAUAAUUAUUGCUGUUAAAUACUCAUAUUAUUAACAAUGACGGAAGGAACUGUGACGAGGACAAAGCGUAUGGGAACGAGAUUUUUUAAGAAUCCUCCUCAACCUCAUAUGUGUAUACAAGAUUUUUUGAGGGGAUCAGGAUAUCCGUGUUAUAUAAACGUCUUGUCAUGGGAUAAAAUAGCAAUGGGAAGUUGUCCUUUUGAACGUUUACCACUCUAUGGUGGUAUGAAAAUAAAUCCACCGAGAACAGAAAAACCGGAUGUUAAUGUAUUUUUUGUUAUGGCUAAUCCAGAAGUUCUACGACAAAAAGGCAAAAAUGCUUCUGACCUCAAGGAACAAUCUAUUUUGAUAGAACUACUUCUGAAUUUUAUCGAAGCAAUGAAUACAGGAGUAGAAUUUAUGAGACAAUAUAAAAUUCUAAACGAUCGUGAUAUAACUGGUGAAUUGAAAGAAAUAUGGAUGGUUGUACAAAGUGAUAGAGCGCGUGUACAAAAUGAUGCAGCCAAUGAAGACGUUAAAAGACCAGUUCCGCAGUAUCCACAACAUUCGGAGCAAGAUCAGAAACAAGAACAACAACAAUUGCAACAACAGAAACAGCAACAAAAGAAGCAACAUCAACAACAAUAUAGACCUCCACCACCCCAAACACAGCAACAUCAGCAUCAAGUUCAGCAGAUUCAUCAGAAUCAUAGUGAAGAGACUCAUCAACAAAUUCAACUUCAACCUCCUCAAUAUCAUUUAAAUUACUCAAUGUCAAGUCGUGGACCUGCCAAGGCAUCUGAUAAUUAUGAUUUGGCUUACGUUCGUCAAACUCAGAAUCAACCAAUGGCUCAGAAUGAUCAUAUCUAUCAACCUUGGUCAACGUCAUUGCAAUACGCCAAUAGAGUUAGAAGAAUGGAACAUCAAAUAGGUUCUAGAGAAGCUAGAGAGUUUUUAGCUUCUUCUGUUUCGUCUAAUACUCCAGUUCCGCCACAACAUCCUAUCUCUUAUCCAGCACCACAAUACCAAUAUCAACUGUCACGACCUAUAGGAUCGCCUCAUAACGGGCCUAAAAUCCAUCCUAAUGCCGGUGGUCUUGGUUGCUCUACGAUAACAAAUCCUGGUGGUAUUCCACCUGUUAUAAAUACUAGCAUUACUCCAGGAUCGCAAAUGCAUUAUGAUCAUUAUUAUUUAUCUAUGCGGUUACCAGAGAAGAGUGUUUGUGUGAAAGUUCAUAGAGUGCAACAACCUCAGCAACCACAAAUUCAAAUAGCUAAUCCUAUUCAUGCAGCUCCUGUUCCUCCGUAUGAAUCAAUUGAUCCUUUUUAUGAUCCACAAAUAAAUUCAUCAUUCAAUUGGAGAAGAUCGCUUGCAUCCCAAAAUAAUACAAUGCCACCUAAAAAUAAUAUUAAUAAAAGACAAAAUUCACCUACACAUGCUGGUAGCAAUGGGCCUAAAGAAAAUUCAGUAAAAAAUAAAAGCCCAGUUAAAGUGCUACAACGAGAUAAUUGUAAUUCAAAUACUGAUGCUGUAAAUUCGGGAAUUUUUACAGAUAAAUCAGAUGAAGAAUUUGAAAACGCAGCUAACAAAAUUAAAAAACAAAUUCAGGUUACUGAUUUAGAUGAAGAUGAACCGCGAAUUACUGAGACUUGUGAUGAUUCUGAAAUAUUUAAAACUUUUAAUGAUAUGGAAAAUCAUAAAAUAACACAAGAAAAUAAUUAUAAAAAACAAAACAAUACCAAAAUAAUGGUACUAAAAAGAAAUAAAUCAUUUAACGAUAGUCAAUCGUUGUUGAAAAAUGGUAAAACUGUUAAAAAUGGUGUAGGAAUUGAAAAUGAACAGCCAAGUAAUAUAGAGAAUAAAGUGAUUGAAAAAAAAAAUGAACAACCAUUUGUUUCUGAAUCCGAGCGAAAUGGUUUUAACAAUGAUAAACAAAUAGAAAGUGAUGAUAAAAUUUCAAAGACCAUAAAUAAUUGUAAUAAUAGUGCAUCGAUAAUAAAUCCCGGUACAUCUGAAGACAAUGGCAAACAACGUGAAACUAAAGUUAAUGGACAAGCUAAUAAUUUUAAGAAAAAUAAGGAACAGGUUUAUCAAGUGUAUACAAUAUUGAGAAAAUCCGAUGUGACAUCAACGCAGGAUGAAUUGACAAAUGAAACGGCUCAGAUAGCGAUUAAAGAUUGCACAGAUACGAGUGAGAUCGGUAUCGUGCCUUCGUGAUAGUCCUCAGUAGAGGCGCUGUUUUUUAGUGAUAGUCUACAUUAUAUGUAAUUAUAUAAGUUACAUAAAUAAGAAUAAGAAUCCAUUUUUUAAUGUAAAUAGAUAAUUUUAUAAAUGAACAAUUGACGAGAAAUGUUAAAAAAAAAGUAAGUGGAUAAACGUUAAAGACAAUUUAGAUAUAAAAUUUUAGGCACUUUUGCUCGAAUGCUCUUCCAUAAGUAUUAAGAUAACGAUAAAACAUAAAGAAAGUUUGAGCUGCACUGAAUGGUAUAAAGAGUAAAGUGAAUUUGAAUACUGAGUUUUAAUUAAUGAAUUCGUAUAACCAAUGAUCUUGAUAGCGUACAGCUUGGCUGUGAAAACAAAUAAAUUUUGGUGCAUAAGACUCUCUUAUUUGUACGUGAAGAGAGAUUAAUUUAAAAAAUUUAUUUUUUCAUUAUAGAUAACUUAAACGUAAUAAGAAUCUUUGGUAUUCUAAGUAGAGUUUACCUACAUUUCCAACCCAUGUAACAAAUAUUGCUACAGGUAUCAGUCGAAGGCAUUAGUCAUCAUACAAAAUGUUCUAACCCCCUAGACUGAUAUACUCAAACCGUAGUAAUAUUUUUGGGUUGGAUUAUAAUAUAGGUCCAGCAAUGUCCUAGAGAUGAAUUGCUGGACACGGAAGUGGGGUCACACCUGCGUAGCCAAACUGUCAAACAGUCCUCAGUAGAGGCGCUGUUUUUUAGUGGACUCUUUUUAAGUUUAACUGAGGAAUAACUUUAUUGAUAAAGCAAAUGAUAAAUGAGUGCUUCGAUGACAUUUUUAGCAUACUAUUUUGUUACUUUAUAAAUUAUUUGAAACAAUACUUC